GCGGUGUGAACCGUACUUCCGUAGUGCGUCAGGUUGUAUGGAUCCAUCCAGAACAAAACGUCCAGGCUGCUAUUUUGAUUCUAUGUGGCGAAUUGCAAUUGCAUUAAAAUAACGUUUAGGCGGGCGGUCAGUGCUAUAACUAAUCCAGAAGAAGAUGCCCAAGGAAUCUGACGAAACCUCAAAGGAGGAGCAGAACAAGAUUGACAAGGAUGACACUGUGGAAACAUCGGAAGAGAUGAUCCGGAAGAGCAGCAGAAGAAAUAUUCCCAGUCCUCACAGACUCACCCCUCAGUCCAGUCCACCCAGAUUUGUGUCAGUGGAAGAGCUAAUGGAAACUGCCAAAGGAGUCACUAAUUUGGCCCUGGCCCAUGAGAUAGUGAUGAACAGCGAUUUUCAAGUCAAGCCUUAUGAGCCAGGAGAGGGAAGUUUGGAGAAAACGGUCAAAGAAAUAAUGCACAAAGCAUUUUGGGAUUGCCUGGAGUCACAGCUGAAUGAUGACCCACCAUCGUAUAGCCAUGCUGUCACACUGGUUGGUGAAAUUAAAGAGACCCUGCUGUCUUUUCUGUUGCCAGGUCAGAGCCGACUGAGAGGGCAAAUUGAAGAGGCUCUGGAUAUCUCAUUGAUCCAGCAGGAGGCGGAGAACAGAGCUCUAGACAUCAAUAAAGUAGCCAAGUUCAUAAUUGACAUGAUGGGCACCUUUUGCGCACCCUGUCGUGAUGAAGAUAUCAAGCUGCGUGAAAUCACUGACAUUGUGCCCCUUUUUAAGUCUAUAUUUGCAGUGCUGGACAAAAUGAAAAUCGAUAUGGCCAAUUUCGCUGUGAGCAGCCUGCGACCUCACCUCUUACAGCAGUCAGUAGAAUAUGAGCGGAAGAAAUUUCAUGAGUUCCUAGAGAAACAACCCAAUGCUUUGGAUUUCACACAGAAAUGGCUCCAAGACACAGCAGAUUAUGUAACUGAGGGUGGAGCAACAUGCACACCAAAUUCUGCUCAACUAACUAUACACAAUCAUGCCUAUUUACGUUUGUUAAAGUGGGACCAUGAUACUGAGUCUUUUCCAGAG